AUGUCCACCGCCUCAGCACCCGUCCCCGUCCCCAACAGUGACAGCCAAUCUUCCUCCAGCGACAGCUUUGGCUCUCCUGGCAGCGGCCCCCGCAGGCAGCGCAUCUCCAUGGCAUGUGCCUACUGCCGACACAGGAAAAUCCGCUGCUGUGGUGGUGACCCUUGUCGCAACUGCCAACGCUCCAAACGCGAAUGCGGCUACGCUCCUGUCCCCGAAGAGGUCAACCGCGCCACUCGUGAGAAGAAGGCCUUUGCCAAAGCCAACAAGAUUGCCAGCCAGUUCCUUCCUCCAGCCACCACCACUUCGCCCUAUUACGCCCCCCAUGCCUCAUAUGAUCACUCUGUCUACGGCUCUCCCCUCCACUCGGCGCCCUACUCCCACCGAAGGUCUUCAUCACUGCCUUCUGCUGAUGUCCCUUGGGGCUCUGCGCCUGUCUACGGGUCAGGCCAGUCAUGGGUUUCCUACGCCAAGCCGGCGCCAUACCACCACCGCCCCUCUGCUCCCACUCCCGUGUAUGAGUCUUCCUAUGGCUACCACCACCAAGACUCUUCCCAGGGGUACCAUCACAACCAGCUCGGCGUUCACUUUGAGCACGGCGAGCCCCAGCAUGUCCUCGACUCUCCCUCUCCCACGUCUACCAACAUGUCUUCGACUACCUCUGCGGUCACACAUUCUUCCCUCGAAGAGGAGCAACACGCCAUGUGGAUGACACCGGGACUUGUCACCCCUACGUAUGGCCGGCCUGCUGCCUCGCGCUCGCUAUCUCAGUCCGUCCAUGGGGUGCCGCUACCCAGUGACAGCCCGGUGCAGAAAACCCACUCCCAAGGGACAGUCCCAAUCACCCCGGCGUCCUCUACCUUUGCCCGCCCUCUCCCUUCCCCCACGGUCUACUCCUACUCCUCCCAGGGGUCUGCCCACUACGACAACCAAGCUCCCAUCUUCUACUCUCCCGUCUCCAACAAGACUCGAGGUGACUACAGCUCGCCGAUGAUUGGCGGAGGCUUGUCAAAGGAGCCUAUCGUCGGGUUGGGGCUGAUAGAUGGCCGUGGUGUCUACAUGGGGGGACACUACUCGGGUGAAGAGUACAUGGCUCCUCCCAUGUACUAUCAAAGUUGA